CGAAAAUUGCCUUAAAAUUGUCGAAAUUAAAAUAAUUGAAAUUCUGAAUUCUAAAUUCAGAAUUGAUAAAAGUUCUUUAGUCAUUUUGAGUAAAAUUUCAUUUAAUUUUCAUAAUAUUCAAUAAAAUAAGAAAUGCGUCAUAGGCAACGACUUGAAAAAACAUUCACUAACACAAUCAAGGCAUUGUGCAAUGAAACAUUGAAUUUUAAAGCUGUCGUACACACGUAAAACAUUCAUCGUUAUACGAAAUAUAAAAAACAAAAAUAAGGAAAAAAUAUUCUCAUACUGAAUCGUUAAGCGAAAGCGUUAAGAACCUAAAAACUGAAAGAAACUAGCAACACAGAAUUAUUAAAAUUAAUAAUUUCUGAAAAAAAUAAAAUUAUAUAAAUUUCAAAAGUGAAAAAGAUAAAAAAAAAUAAAAUUUGUUGAAAAUUAUUUGUGAAAUUUGUUCAAGUGUUGAGUUUUUCUAAAUCAAAUAAAAAAAAACUAUAUUGAAAAAAAUAAGAAGUUGUUGAAAAAACUACAAAAAAUUGUGAAAUAUCCAAAAAGGAAUAAAAAAAAAGAAAGAAAACUUCAGUGUUAAUAGUUAUAACAAAGAAAGAAAUCAAUCAUGACGAUUGCAGAUUCAUUAAAUCAGCUUAAAAUGCAGAUGAAAACUGAGCUGACAGAACGACAGAAUGAAUUCCUUAUGUAUGGCCGUUCCAGCUCAAUGGAGAAAGGCGAAAUCAACCGCCUAUGCCGUCAAGUGUCAAUUGAAUCACCAAAUCUUUUAAAAGGUGAUUGUGUCUAUAAUGCAAUUGUUCCAGUCGGAAACUGCCCACCCAAAGGUGCACGUAUUCUUGUUGUUUAUGCUGGUGCGUGUUAUCGAAGAGCUCGCGAGACAUCUAAUUCAAGUAUAGGAAGUCUAAAUCAAGAGCAACUUUGUCGUGAGAUGUCAGAUAUAAGCUUUACAGCAGCAGCAUUAGCACAAAUGCAAUCGGCUGGCUCAUAUGGACGAGAGAAUUCACUUAGUCAAACGUCACCUCAAAAUUGUGGAUAUAGAGAUGCAGCACUGUUUCCAGGCUUUGAAGUAGCUGGUGUUAUAGAAUCCCUUGGAUCUGAAUUAAAAUCCACGUGUGGUUUCACUGUUGGUCAACGUGUCUGUUUAUAUCCAUAUGAUGGCGUUCCAGCUGGCUAUUCAGAGAUUUUUGUCGUACCAGACUUGAGAUAUUUGAUUCCAAUUCCUGACAAUCUUGAAUUGUCAGUUGCUGCUAUGUUGCCAACUGGUGCCCUACUAGCAAUGAGUUCAAUUCUCUCAGCACACAAAAUCAUUGAUAAUCUCCAUAAGAAAAGUAAAGAUGCUAAUAAGCCUGUUAAAUUAUUAAUUGUUGGAACUGGUGGUUUGGCCUUGUGGACAUUAAGAAUUGCUGCACAACACUUUUAUACUAAGGAUUCUAAAGAUAAAGUAGAGAUUACUGUUGCAAGUUUACGUGAUGAGGGCUUGGAAAUGGCCAAGCAUGAGUUUGAAAAUAUCAAUUUUGUUCAAUGGAGUGAAGAUUUAUACGAGAAGCAAUUAAUUGAGCGUACACUCGAUUCAUGCAAUGGAUUAGUAGAUAUUGUCAUUGACUUUGGCACAACAUCACGCAGUUUACACCGAUCAUUACAAUGCUUGAAUGAUGGUGGUGUUGUGCUGAUUAGCGAGGAGACAGCCGAGAAACUUUUACCUAAAUUCUCACGUAAGGCAGAAGAAAGGAAACAACAUAUCGAACCAGUGCCUUUGGGUACAAUUGAGCAACUUCAUGAAGUUGUCAGACUUGUUGCUAACAAUGAGAUUACACCACCACCACAUACAGUUUUUCCAGCAGAACAAGCCGCUGAAGUCAUUCGUAAACUUGUCCACUCAGAAAUUCCCGGUCGUGCUAUCCUCAAGUUCCACGAUAUCGAGUAAACUGGAUUAUAAUUUAAUAAUAUUUAAUAUAAAAUUAUAAAACUACAAAAAAAAAUUUCAAAAAAAAGUUGCAAUGAGGAUUAAGUUAAUGAAAGUAUUAGAUGUUAAAUGAACGCAUAGUCAUACAAAAAAAAAAUGUGGUCGAUGACGUUUUUAGUGCUGAGUUAAAUUGCUACCACCAAAAGUAGAUAAAAUGAAAAAUAUUUUUUACAUUAACACAUUGUGAAAAUGAUGAAGGAGAUCGAUCUGUGGAACUUAAAAAAAAUUAUUGUUGUUCUUUCGAUGAAUAUUUGGUAAGGUAAAAAAACUGAAUGCUUAGAAGAUCAUAAUCCUGACUGACACAUUGUGAUUUGGGUGUUGACAGUGCAAUUUUUCACUGCUGACAUUUUUCGGACACACGAUGAAGCUUGUCUACUAGAUCUUUUAUGAAAUGUGUCAAUCAGGUCCGAUACAUCGAUUUUCAUAAUUUUGAUAAUAAUAUCAAGAGCUACUCCUUAAUGUUAAUUGGAUUUUCUAAGAAAUUAUCAUUCAAAAUGUUUGAGAAAUUUUUUUUAAUAGAAAAUUUCCGUCUUGAGAAAGUCAAAAAAAAAUAUUUGUACGGAAAAUCUCAAAAAAAUAAGUUUGUUUGUAAUUCUAUGGAAAAAAAAGAAAUGGAAAAAAAUAAAUUAAGCUGUUAACGCUUGUCAAGCUUAAGCCACAAUAAGAAAAAAAAUAAUGUUUUCAAUCUUAAUUUCUAAGGAACUAGUGAAGCGGUUUCGAUUAGUAAAGAAGUUUAAGGGGGUCUUUGGCAUGUUGAUUGAUGUUAUAAGAGAGUUUUUGAAGUUGAAUUAGUGAAUUUUGGGAUUUUAGGCUUCAAAAUGAUUUUUUGAUUUAAAAACAUUAUUAUUAAAAUUUCGAGAUUUUCUAAUCAUGAAGAAUUGGAUUAAAAAACCUUCAAACACGUUCUUAUCAAGCCUACCAAUAAUAUGUCAUAGACCUCCUCCAGAACUAUCAUUAAAUUUUUUACUAAAUGUGAUAAUUCUUAAGAUUAAAUCUUUAUUCAUUUUUACUACUUUAAUUUAACUAGUUUUGUGUGAGUUUCAAAAAUCAUUUUUUUUUCAAUUUGUAAGAAAUUUAAAUUUUUACUGACUUUGCAAUUAAAUUGAGGAUAAAGCUUAAGUUAAUGAUUGCUUACAAUUAUUCUAAAUAAUGAAAAAUUAGGAAGUGACUUUAGAAAAUUUAUUUAUAGUGAAUAUUAAUUUGUACAAAAAAGUUGAAGAUUUGACUUUUUAGAAAUAUGGACAAUAGGAUUUUUCAAGAAUUAUGGCGGUUCCAAUUCUUUUCAUAAGUGUGCAAAACUACUUCUCUCUGUAAUAAUGAAGAAAUUAGCAGAUGUAUGCUCAAAAAUAUUUAAAUAAUUAUAAUUUUAAAUGCACACAAAAUAUUCACAUCGUCUAUGAUAAUUUCCUAGAGGACAGAGCUCUUUGAAUAGAGUCUCAUCCAUUAAAUAAUUUCUGAUAUCAAUUAAUUAUACUUUUUAGUCCCACUAUAUUGAAUAAAACUUUAAUUAUAAUUUAUAUGAUUAUAGCCCUUAAAAAAUGAUAAUUAAAUUAUUAUGUAUGCGAAUAGAAAUUACAAAAAAAAAGUUCUUAUUCAAAUUAGUAGUGUAAUCUAAAAGAAAACCUUUUUAACCAAACACCGUCGAUAAGUUGGAAAAUAGUUAUCAAUAAAUAAUCAAAUUACAAGUCCGAACAGCUAUAGAUCAUGUUUACAAUAAGGUUAAAAUUAUUGUAAGCAUGCUUUUUAAUUGUUAUGGAGAAAAUUAAAACAAAACAAUACAAGAACUGACAGCAAAAAAAUUAAAUUCAUUGAUGUAAUGAAAUAAGCAUAAAACAUGAAUAAAAUACAGU